GCGCGCGCCGCUGUGACGCAGCAGCUGCGCGCGAGCGGAAGUACGUCAGGGGUCCUUGUGACCAGAGGUCUCCGGAGCUCACGAUGGCGUUCAGGCUGCUGGCUCGGAGGGUUUGUGGGCUUUCCGUCAGGGAUGCGAGGCGUCCGCCGGCCGCCGUCUGGUGCUCCUCGUCCUUCUCCUCGGCUCUGAGCCCGUCUCCGGCGCUGCUCCCGCUCCCGCGCCUCCUCCCGCUGUCCUCCCGCAGGAGCGUGUCCUUCAACGUGCAGGACCACGACGACUUCACCGACCGAGUCAUCAACAGCCAGCUGCCCGUCCUCGUCGACUUCCACGCGCAGUGGUGUGGUCCGUGUAAGAUCCUCGGCCCGCGGCUGGAGAAGGCCAUCGCCAAGCAGAAGGGCCGCGUGACCAUGGCCAAAGUCGACAUCGACGAACACACGGACCUCGCCAUCGAGUACGGGGUGUCGGCGGUUCCCACGGUGAUCGCCAUGCGCGGCGGCGAUGUCAUCGACCAGUUCGUGGGCAUCAAAGACGAAGACCAGCUGGAUUCUUUUGUGCAGAAGCUGAUUGGACAGUGAAGCUGUCAGUCAAACCCGCCUAGCCCCGCCCACCUCCCCACGGAAACUCCAUUACGUUUCAUUACAGACUCGGACAAACUGCACCAUCUCUCCUGCUUUCCUUAACUGUGUGUGUGUGUGUGUGUGUUUUAGAGGGUCUGUGGCAGUGUUUUACCGCGGUUAAAGUGUAGUAAAGUGUUCUGGGACGUCCCGUAGCUGCUGAGGAGAACUGAAGGAUGGACGCUUCCUCACGCGCCGCUCUUUUACACCUGAAUGCCUGCUAAUGUGAAAGUGUGUGCGGAUCACGAGCCUUUGUUUCCGUUCCCUUUGCUUUCUUUUCUUUUUUUUUCCGAUCUGACUGUGAAUUUUUUGCGCAGGAUGCAUGGGAUCGAUGACGGCUUUGUUUAGACUUUAACUCAUAUAUAUAUAUAUAUAUAUAUAUGGUAAUAUAACCAACUAGUCAGGUGAAAUUAUGAAUAAAGCAACUGUACUGUAUUUA